AUGUGGAGACAUCGAUUACAACACCGUCAAAAUGAAAUAUCAAUAGCAACCGAAUGUGUACCCAAGGAGCAAUGCUCAGUGGAUAUAUCAAGUACAAUUGAUCAAACAACGAUGAAUAUAUCAGAUGACCGAAACAAUGUAUUGACUGAUGAUGCACUUUUUGCUUCUUCUCUUGUUGAUUCAUCUGAUGAAUUUGACUUGAACGUGAGUGAUAAUACUAAUAACGACUUGGCUAUUGAUACCGAUGACGAAGAUAAUAUGAAUGAAUUUAUUCUUUUAAAUGAUAUCAACAUGCAAACAAAAUUAUUUCAAUCAUGUCCAUUAUCGAUACGUGAAGCAUGUCUUGCUUUAAUUCAACUAGCUCGUCGUCUAAACUUAGAUAAAAGUGGAAUCAAAGUUUUAUUAAAUGAUAUUCGGUGUCUUUUUCCUUCGAAUCUCAAAUUACCACAAACAGUUCAAGGUCUUAUGAAAAUAAUAGGUUUUGAAUAUUCAAACAAAGUUAUGUAUUAUUGCCUUGAAUGCUUGUGUCGUUUCUCAAGUCCCGAACAAAAACAAUGUACUGAUGAAUGUAAAUUAAAUAAUACAAGGCGUCCAUUUAGAAAUGUUAUUGAAGUGGUAACUAAUGAUAUUAGAGAUGAAAUUUCCUUAACAGCCAAACGAUAUAUAAAUUUAAUCAAUGAAUAUUACCAAUGUUCAAACACAUUUUUGCCAUGUGACGUAAUCAAUGGUUCCAUCUACGAACGUUUGAAAAACAAAAAACAACCACAACUGACUAUUGCCCUACAUACAGAUGGGGCACCUGUGACUAAAAUGGGUGGAAAAUCAUUGUGGCCAAUACAAGCAACUAUUCUUGAAAUUCCACCUCCCAUUAGAGAUUAUAAAAGUGCUGUCAUGAUAUUUGGUGCUUGGUUAGGUGAAACUCAUCCGAAUAGGGAAUUAUUAUGGAAUAAUAUUGUUGAUCAAAUUCAGGAUUUAUAUGAAAAUGGAAUUAUAUUAAAAUUAAAUGAUCAUUCGAAAAUAAAAUUCAAUAUUCGAGUACAAUUAGUUACAUUUGAUUUACCUGCACUUGCUCAUAAUUGUAACAUAAUCCAAUUUAAUGGUUACGAUGCUUGUCCAUUUUGCAAAAUACAUGGCUAUGCUAUUGGUACACAGAUAUUUUAUCCGUUUUCUCGAACACCAUCAACUAAAAAGACUGAUACUGAUUAUCUUCGAUUAUCAACAUUAGAUUUACCAAGAUUUCGAUCACAUGGUAUUAAAGGUCCAACUCCAUUAACAAAAAUUAUGUUAUUUCCUUCACAAAUUGCUGUGGACUAUAUGCAUCUCGUGUGUAGUGGCCACUUUAAAACUUUAAUCGUCUAUUGGAACCAGUUGCUAUUGCCAGAUGUUUUUGAACAAGCAUCGAAUUUUUUAUUGUCAAUUACAUUGCCACACUCGUUUGGAUAUCAAUUUAUGCCAUUAGUUCAAUUUGCAAAGUGGAAAACGAAGAUGUUCAGAGACUUACUGUUAUAUAUUUCACCAAUAUUCGUGAUUCAAUUUUUGCCCGAUGAAUUGGCGUUACACUUUUUAUAUUAUUUUGUUUACAUUCGAGCAUUACACUUUUACCAAGAAAAAGAUGAAUUACAAGAUAUUAAUCAUUUUUUCAAUUAUUAUUAUCAAUGUUUGUCAAAAUAUUAUGGCCCAAAGUCUGAACUUUGUACAAUUCAUUUACAUUCACAUCUUCUGACUCAAGUUCAAAAGCAUGGAUCUUUAUCCAUGACUUCAUGCUUUCCUAGAGAGUCUUAUAUUGGUACUGCAAUUAAAUGGUGCAAAGGGAAAAAGUAUAUCCUUGAACAAUUUAUUACAUGGUACAAGGUCGAUCCUAGUUUAUAUCCUGAUAGUACAUUAAAUAUGGUUUACCUUACUCAGCAUCAACGUUUCGAUGAUAAGUAUUUGAAUAAAUCAUUAGUUAUAUCUUUAAAUGAAAGAUUUAUAAAAUGUUGUAAUAAACAAAAAAUUCAAUUAGAUGCAAGACAACAAAUAAAACAAUACGCUCGCUAUUUUCGAGGAUUGAAAGCAUUUCAUUCAUUAUGUUAUGAACGUGGUGGAAAUGCAAUUAGUUAUUGGAUGUCUAUUAAACAUGAUGAAUGUCCAAAAAAUCAUGGGUUUUGUUUUGGUGAAGUUGUCUUCUAUUUUCAAGUCAAUAAUAAACAUUAUGCAUUUGUAAAACUUUAUAAGUGCCUCGAUAAAAGUUUAGCAGAUGGUUUAUCCUCAGUUACAGUUCCAAAAAUUCUUCUUGAUCGAUUAAACAAUUACUAUUAUUUUUUUAAUGAUAAAACGUUUGUCUACAAAAUCGUACAAAUGUAUGUUUCACCAUUGAGUCAACGUCCACAACGAACAACAGCUGGUCAAACAUCAAAAUACACCGAUUUUUCAGUUGUGUCAUUUCCUCAAUUGAAGAAGCAUUCUAUUAUAAAAACAUCAUUGAUAAAUAUCGAUCCACUUAGUCCUCUUGGUGCCCAAUCUGGCAACAUCAAGGCAUAUGGAGAAAGAAAAAAAUUGAUGAUUGUUAAAACAGGGACUCGUCAAGAGAUGGAAGAAGUUUCAAGUAGAUUCUCAAAAGAAUCAGGAAGCGAAGAAAUCGUUAUUCCUGAACGUCAAUGUGAGUCUCCUCCUAUUAAUGAUACACGAUACAAAAAAAUGGAUGAAUGCACGGAUGAAGAUUAUGAAGAAUAUAUACCAACAACACAUCAAACAAAAAUAACUGCACGAGAAAUUUCGACAAUUGAACAAAUGGUAGCAAAUAAAACAAAAACAAGUGCUGUACCUACUUUAUCGGCAUCAGGUUUUGAUGAUGAUGGUGAUGAUUUUAAACGUAUAUUUUCAUGUAGUACUCCAUCAUCAGCCUCAAGAACAAAUAAACGUAAAAAAGAUGAAGUAAACGUUAGUCCGAUUUCUGCUUCAUCUGAUAGUGAACAAGAAGGUCUGAUUUUUUUUCACUUAAUAUGA